AUGGCCACUACCUCCAUUUUUCUGUUCUCACUUCUCUCGAGCCUACUCUUAGUCUCUUUCUCGGGUGUUUCAGGAGAAAUUCCCAACGCAUGCAAAAACUAUGAGUGCCCCCAUUACACUGUUGUAGAAAAGGGCAAUGGCUACGAAAUUCGCCGCUAUGAUUCCCUUGUGUUGAUCUCAAAUUCCCCUGUCCAAGGCGAUUCUUUCGUAGAAGCAACAAGAGAUGGCUUCAUAAGGCUGUUUAGUUAUAUUCAUGGUGAUAACAACAAAAAGCAAAAGAUUAAGAUGACAGCACCAGUGAUCACUCAAGUGUCGCCUAGCAAUGGAAACUCAACAUAUGAUGUGAGCUUCUAUGUGCCAAAAGCAAACCAAGCAAACCCACCUCUUGCAAAGGGUCUGGGUGUCGUAAGAAUAAAAAGUACCUACGCAGCAAUUAGACAGUUUGGUGGAUUUGUGACUGAUUCAAAUGUUGGCAAGGAAGUUGAAGCCUUGAGCACUAGUCUUGCUGGCACUAAGUGGUCUUCUGCUGUUCAGAAAAGUUAUGCUGUUGGACAGUACAAUGCCCCUUAUGAAUUGACUAACAGGGUCAAUGAGAUUUGGUUCUUGUUUAAAACUAAGACAGAAUUGCACGCUGUGUGA